AUGCCUUCCCAAAUCUUCGUCACCGAGCCUCACCCCACCGUGGCACCCAACACCUACAUCUACUCCGGCAGAGGCGGUUUCGGCAACAUCCGCAAGGCGCCCCAAGUCGUCACCCCAGCCACCGGCAUCACCACACCCCUCAAGCCCGCGCCCACCCCGGCCGGCAACGGGAGCGUAACCCGCCGCUUCUACUCUGGCAUCGGCGGAGCCGGCAACCGCCAUGAGGCCCCCGAGCGCCCCGUCCGCAGCUUCGACGAAGACUUUGACCGCCAGGAGGUCCGCGAUCGCGCCGCCGUCGGCCACGUCGGUAUCGGUGGCGCCGGCAACGUCACCAGGCGCGCUUCGGACGCUUCCUCCGUCCACAGCGAGGACUCGGAGGCUUCCGCGUCUACUUCUUCGCUCAAGUCCCUCAAGAACCGAGGCAGCAACUUGUGGCGCCGGGUCACCAAGACCAACUGA